AUGUCUUCCGCACGAGGCGCUGCGGGCGCCAUUAAACCUAAACUACACAACGUGAACAGCAUCUACGCAGGCAAAAACCAGAACGCCGUUAAGGCGCCCGGGUCGGGCAAGCAUGGCGGAUUACAGAGUUUGGGGAAGACAACAGCGGUGGUUCGUCGUAUGCCUCCACCGGCUACCUUGCCUUCGUUGAGAGCCGAAAGUCAAGGUCAAGAUCCAAACGUUGCAUUAGUGCCUCAAGGUGGUACUGGUUGGCAUAAGGAUAAUGCAGUAAAUAAUGCACAAUCGUCAGAUCUAUCGGGUAAAUCAGGUGUAGGUCAAUUGGGAAGUACGUUAUCGAGUAGCGGUGGUCAAGGAUGUGCACCAGUGGCAAACAGCGGUACAGGAACGCCACAUGGCGCAGACUUGCGGCCAACGUGGGCCAAACAACCUGCAUCUCAAAUGGAUUCCAAUCAACAAGCACAAACGAAUACGAAUGCUGUGACCACUGCAUCCGCACGCGAUUUCCCUUCUCUCGCUGCGGCAACUGCAACCUCAGCAAAACAACCCCAAACAUUCAACGACAGCUUGAAACCACAAAAAUCAGGCAGUUGGCGUGCAGGAGGCAGCUCGGCAGUGUCGAAAAACGACGGAAACGAGCCGCUUUCACCUCCGCAAAUGCAUUCAGCCGGAGGUUAUCCCGCUGCGACGGCUCCAGUUCGCAAUAUAGAGCGUCAGCCCCCACCACCGCAACCACUGCGAGGGUCGAUGUCUGCUCAAAGUAUGGCAACAGGCGAUAUUGGUGUUGUGGUCAGUCGCACCGAACAGGAAAAUGCAAUGCAGCAAAAGAAAGAUGGGCUUGGAGACGGAGGUUAUCAGCAGAGAACUACGCAGAAUACCAUCUUCGAUGAUGCACGCGGUAUGUAUCGCGGACCGGUAAUGAUGCAGCAGCAACAGAUGGGUCAAAUGAAUCGCAGUAACGACGUUCGAAGUACACAGUACGGAAGAGGAGAGUCUUUCGAAGGCCGUGAUUGGCGUGAUAUGGAUAGAAGUCAUGCGAUGGGAUUAGCAUAUCGAUAUCGAGAUAUGGGAUUCGAUGAGUCGCAAUCAACGCGAAAUGCGGCAGUUGAAUGUGAUUGGCAAAAUGCUCAGCAGCAAAUCCCACAGCAACCAUAUCGAAACUCGGAUCGUGAAAUGACUCACCAGUGGACUGGAGCGCCGAUGGUUUCUGGUCCGCAAGAUGUACGACAUUUGAUGGAGAACAUUUCACCGAAUGCGUACGGUCGAGAACGCGAUGACGAACGUCAGAAUUUGGAACGAGAGGCGGCAAUUGAGCGAUCCAGGCAGAAGAGACGCCAGCAAGCGCCUUCGUCAAUGGGAGGAGCUGCAGCGCAGCAGUCAAUGGAUCCGGAUGGGAUGAUUCGUCCGUCUGGUUACGGAUCAGUGCGUAUGAUGGCUGGUAGCAGUGCUAAUUAUGAAGUUGACGCGUCCAACGUCGAUUGGGAUCAGCAGAGACAGAUGAUGGACGAUAUGUAUCGUCAAGAUAAUAAGGCAGUACCACCGCCGCAACGUUGGGGUGGUAGUCGACAAGAGGAUUACGGCGACGUUCGUGGUGGAGUGCGACGAGAGGACGUUGAUUUGGUGGGUGCGAAACCCGAAUAUCGCAUGCUGAGAAGACCGGAGAGCAAGGAGUCUGGUGAACUUCCUCAGCAAAUGUCACGGAUGAUGAUUGGUGAUGAAAUGACUCAGCAAGAUGACGAUGAAGAGGAUGAACUGCAAUUGACGAAGUUAUCGCGACCUGCUGCAAAGAUAAUCAAAAGAGUUGCGCCCGGGGAUAGCAAUGGGAAUGUGAUGACAUCAAACUCGUCACAGUCGGCCAACGCUCAACAAACGCAACAAAUGGAUGGUAUUUCAAUGAUGCCACAGUCGGUAUCCUCUCAGCAAGGCAGUCAACCCUCGUCCAGAUCAAGCCCUUCGUUACACAACCAGCGUGCGAGCACAACGCCUCAAAGUGGUUGCAGUAGUGUUACAGGUAGUGGCGCAUCGGAUAAGCGUUUCUGUGAUACGAGAAAUCAGGGACAUUCUCAGCGAUCAAAACGCUACGAAAAUAGUGGUGGUACAAUCGAUGAACAACAACAGUCAGCAAAACAGAAUCAGUCAAAUCAAGGACGUAAUCAGCAAAACGCAACAGCGAUGCGUGGUGGUGGUCGGAUGGCAGCAGAAGAUGCGAUGAGCAUGAUGAAUUCUUCAUCGAUGCAGAUGAUGCCACAACCCAAUUGUGCACCAGCGUUGCCAGUGGCUCCGCCGCCAGCAAAUAAUAUUUGGGAAAAAAGAGCCGAGGAACGCGAAAGUGCCGAAAGAGAACGUGCUGCCACGCAACGAGACACUGUUGUCCAUCAGCUCAGACUUCAGCAACAGUUCCCGGCCGUUGGUGAACAACCACAAGGCUUGUUCAUUCAUUUGUUUUCAUAUGGUAAUGGUAACAUGCAAAUGUAUGAUCAUCAGCAGCAGCAGCAUUCAGAAGAGAUGAACGAUUAUUACGGGCAAGAAGAUGAAGAAUACAACGGUGUAUUGUUCAGAGGUCAACGUGAAUUUGUCAAUUCUCGCGUCAGCAAUGCGCAUUCACAUCAGUCAGCCGUACACCACCAUCGUUCAUCGAGAGGUCUAUCGCUGAGCGGUGCUCGAGGUGGUGCUCGCGGUUAUAUGCGAGGUGGCGCUUUUACAACUCAACGUCGUGGCACCAGUAUGCCACAUCAAACGCUUACGCAUAACCAACAAAGCAGACACAAUUACAAUGAUCGUUUAAAUCCAAGACGUUCCAAAAGACACGACCAACAACAACCCUUGCAAGAGGAGGAUAAUUUCGCGAAUAUGGGUGAAUUUCAUGUGGAGGAUACGUAUGAAUGCAUAGGAUCGCCAGCAGUGCAAUCGUCGAACAGUGGUACGGUUGCGAUGGUUCAAGAAUCAGUUGGCGAUAUGGAUGAGGGUUACGAUCGUUCGAAUGUUAACGGCAACGAGCAGCAUCGACCCCAACAGCGCCAAACACGUUCUCAACGUAGUAACGCAGGUACUGCUCGUUCAAUGGGACGCGGUGGUCGUGGCAAUGUGAGCGUUUCAUCACGUGGUGGAGCAUCGAAUCGUCGUUCAGAUACGCGUAAUAUGAAUACAUCUUCGAUGCAGAACUCGACAGCUGAUCGAGGAAAGCGAAAAAAGGAGCAGUCAUCGACGACAAUUCGUGAAGAAGAUGAAGGAAUCGGUGUUGCCGAUGAGGAUGAGAAUGGAGGCAUAAAGCCGCAAGGUAAUCGGUCUGAACAACAGCAAUACCGGCGAGGUGGUCGUCGUACUCUGCAGCAGCAACAACAAAUGAGACAUCGUCGUGGAGGUGCAGGCACAGGUCAGCGUUCACCGUCAGGCACACACCAGAACACAAAUGAACGUGGUGCUGGUGGUCAGCAACUGAAAUCACCGGUCACCUCAGAAGGUCACGAGGAGUGGGCAACAGCCUCUGAAAGUAGUGAUGUGGCUGACAAACAACAACAGCAACCGACCACUGCAACUAAUGUAAAUGCCAGUAAAAGGCGUAUAGUGGCAGCAUCAAAAUACGGCGCAACAAGGAGAAUGACACAGAGAGGUGGGCCGCAGAGGCGUGACAAUCACACUAACGAACAGAAUGCGAACAACAACGAUGAGACGAUACCAGCCACAAAUAAUCAACAGCAAACAGGAACACAACGAAUCGGUUCAAAAAACGCGAAACCCGCCAGCACUACGUCGCACACGGUCGUCCGAAGCACCAGCAGCAACAGCAACGCUCAACCAUCGAAAGAGGAAAUGAACAACGCAUCAGCGGCGUUGGGAGUGAAGACUGAAGCAACGACUACGACGAAUCAAACGAUCAAGCGAGAAGCCUGCAAAGACGGGCUGGCGGGAGUGGAUAUUAACAAUGCAGGCGUGAUUGUCAUCGAUGACAGACCGGACGACAACUAUUCCAUUGAUAACGACGAUUUCGAGGAGGUGCUCUCGAAGAAGAGUAAAAAGUUGAGACAGCAACAGAUCAAUGAACAAAUUGAAGCGAUAAAAAACAGUAACGGUGCACUGCAAAGGUCAAAAACUGGAACAACAACUCAAAAUGAUGCACAAAAUACUUUGAAUACAACCGUAUGGAACAGCAGUAUCGUUAAAGAGCACAAUGUGCGACAGUCCUCACCACCGCUUGAAAAGUCCUAUUUUAUUCUGCAUUAUCAGUUUCUUUCACCUUUUGCUACUGAUCAUCCAGUAAUUCCUUCUCCGAUCGCAAGACCCACACCAAAAACAAGUGUGAGUUCAACAACAGCGAUAACGACCUCAACGACGUCAAAUAAUACGGCAGUCGGUAAAGGAGUUGAUGUUUGGGCUGGACCUGAUGACGAACAGACACUGACCACUUCUAAGAAGUUGGAUGAAGCGGUUGCGUCAGCGGCGGCCAAAAAGAAUUCAGUUGAAUUUGCAGCAAGCUUCAAUUCACCUUCGAGCCGUAGUGAAAGUGCUCAGUAUGAUUUCACAUUCGACCCAUCGCUUCAAGAUGAGUCUCAACCACUUUCAUCGAAAUCGAAUCAUAUACACUCAAAUCCACUUCCGCAUGUUAACUCACUAAAAAGUACAACGGCAAACGCGGAUAAAAUCAUCGUUGUAACAUCAUCGAACGGCACCAAACAGCAGUCAACAGCAGCAGCAGCAGUACCUUUGGUGGUACCGCCCUCAUCAACUUCACUAGUUGAUUCAACAUUGGACGCGAACGAUUUGAAACAGAGACUCGAUAAGGUGAAGGAUUUCUGGCCAGGUCAGCAGCAGUUCUCGAAUACACUAUUAGUGACAACAAGCGAAAAUGGUCCGAUCACAUCCUUAGUGAAUGAUAAGUCGACGACGGCCGUUACUGCUAACGCUGCCACGACAUCCUCAUUGACACAUGCACCGAACGUUGCUAAGGUACGUCCUCAACCGCAAACUAAUGACCAGUCAUCAGCAGCUCCCCUGAAAGAGAAUGUGUCAUGCACGUCAUCGGCACCUUCGCUUCCACCGCCGUCUCCGAUUGCAUGCAUACCACCUGGCGCAUAUUUGCAAUCACUUUCGCAAGUACCACCGCCGGCCGCCGCACUAACUCAUUACUCGAUGAUUUUUGGUGAACCGUACAAUCCACAUUCUGCAACCAGUUCACCUGCACAGACCUUAUUUGGAAAUGGCGUGUCCGUAAGUCAGGCACCUGGAAAUCGGUCAAGACCAACGUCGUUCAUUGAUCAGUCACAACAGCUAUUCAUACAUCCACCGCCAAACGGAACCACACCGAGCAGUCUAACAUGGUCGAAUGGUAAUCCGCAAAUCGAACUACUGGCCGGUAUUAACGCAACACCGCCGUUACCAUCACAACCUGGCAGCGCCGUUCAACGAUUUCAGUUCUCCUCUCAGCCACGUUCUGGAUCAGCUUUCAGUGCACGAGCGGCACUGUUGAAUGGGAGUGGUAAAUUGUUGAGUGGUCCGCCACCACCUCCUCCCCACAUACCACCGCCACUACACCCACCUCAUGGUUUCAUCGCACCACCACCUGACUUCGUCUCACUGCCAGCCAACGCUACCGCGGCUGCUGCCGCUGCUGCUAUGGGUGGUGUGAGUACGAAUCAACAGCAACAAGCCCAAGCACAACAACGCAAUAACGAUAUUACCUCGCAAAAUUCUGCUGUAGUAGCAGCAGCAUCGAACGCAGCACUGCCACGUAGUGCUGCAGUUGGUGUUUUGGGUCAGUUACCGCCUCCACAUUUGCAGCAGCAGUUGAAUUUCCCGUCGCAAUCUCAGUCCGGAUUCACGUUAGCUGCGACUGGUUCGUUCAGUCAAGCUCCACCAAUUCACGCUUUCACCGCACCUCCUCCCCCACUGCGAUACCCACCUGUUGUAGCUGCAGCAGCAACACUUCCGAAUGAUGUCACUGGUGUUUUGACAGCCGGUUGGACCACUAAGCCCUCCGUUAACGCAUUUCCCCUCAAAUAUACUAACGGAGGCGCACAAGCGGCAGCUCCAAUCGGCACGUCAAGUGCUCGUUCAGCAACGCAAAUUGAUCGAUGGACUGCAAUACCUGUAGGUGUACCGCCACAAUACGCAAAUGCUCUUGUUUUCCAGUCUGCGGUCGCGGGUAAAGAGAAUGCGGCAGAUGUACUUCAGGCGAAUAUAGAGCAGCGUUUCCAAUCGUCUCAACGAUGCACAAGCGCACCGCGUGCGUCGAGUGCUGACGAAAACGUGAUACGUCGCAACAGUACGGUGUCGAGCGUUGCUGCAAAUAACAGUAACGAUACUGCUGCAAGCGCCGCUAAUUCCAUUGAUAACUCGAAUCAACAAAAGAAGGCGACCAAAGUUUAG